AAAACCAAAGGUCAAAAAUUGAGAAUGCGGCUACUGCAUCUGAAAGGCUGAAACAGGGGAAAAGGUCCUGAUAAAAUUCACAAAUCCACCACUAUCACCCGCAAGGCCAGGAGCUAACCGCAGAAAGGAAAUGCCGGUUUUCAAGACACCCUUCAAUGGCUACUCUGUGAAAUUCAGCCCGUUUUAUGAGAACCAACUAGCCGUCGGCACGGCCCAGAAUUUCGGCAUCUUGGGUAACGGCCGGGUCCACGUCCUCCAGCUCAACCCAAACGGGCCAAUCUCCCAAAUUGCCGCUUUCGACACCGCCGACAGCGUGUACGACGUGUGCUGGUCGGAGGCCCACGAUUCCCUAAUCAUCGCAGCCGUGGGUGACGGCUCAAUCAAGCUCUACGACCUCGCUUUGCCGCCCACGAACAACCCCAUACGAUCGUUCCAAGAGCACACCAGAGAAGUCCACGCCGUUGACUACAACACAGUCCGGAAAGACUCGUUCUUGUCGGCUUCUUGGGAUGAUACGGUGAAGCUCUGGACCGUUGAUAGGAAUGCCAGCGUAAGGACUUUCAAGGAGCACGCUUACUGCGUGUACUCUGCCACAUGGAACCCGAGACACGCGGAUGUGUUUGCUUCAGCUUCCGGCGAUUGCAGUGCCCGUAUUUGGGAUGUCCGGGAACCAGGUUCAACCAUGAUUCUGCCUGCACAUGCGCAUGAAAUCCUCUCAUGUGAUUGGAACAAGUACGAUGAAUGUAUCAUAGCAACUGCAUCGGUCGACAAGUCAAUAAAAGUUUGGGAUGUGAGGAGCUACAGGGUGCCGAUAUCUGUGCUUAAUGGGCACGGGUAUGCAGUUAGGAAAGUGCGCUUCUCACCACAUAGAGGAAGUGUUCUUUUGUCUUGUUCUUAUGACAUGACGGUUUGUAUGUGGGACUAUAUGGUGGAAGAUGCUCUUAUUGGAAGGUAUGAUCAUCACACUGAGUUUGCGGUUGGGGUGGAUAUGAGUGUUCUCGUGGAAGGGCUUUUGGCAAGCACGGGUUGGGACGAGCUUGUUUAUGUUUGGCAGCAUGGAAUGGAUCCUAGAGCUUCUUGAUGAAGGACAAGAGAAGAGAAGUCCUCUGUUUUUUAUUGGUUUUGAGGAGGGGGUAUGCUUUAUUUGUUGUUUGCGAUACAAUCAAUGAGUACGAAAGGAAGUGAUAUACUGAGAAAAUAAUGCAGUUGCUUUCACCUUCCCAUGUAAGGAGGAAGUAAGAUUUCACAUUUCAUCUUUGAUUGGAUGAUACAUACCUAUAGACAUAAUUGUAUAGGUCAUGCGGAAAAUACUGUAAUGAUCAGUGUGUCAUGCCAAUUAAUUUACAAUAUCCAAUAAAGAUAUAGCAGUGAAUGUAGCCUCUAAACUUUGAGUUGGACUUGGGGUACACAUUUUUG